GAAGAAGAGGAGAGGCGAAAGCGCAAAGAGAGAAAGAUAGAGAGAGAGAAAUCCGGGGAGAGAUGCACGUUGAACGGAUGGAUUUUAUUUUCCCCGAGCUGUACGAGCCUCUGUAAGACAACAUGGGCUGCAUAGGAUCCCGGACGAUCACAGUGGACGCGGUGCCGGUACGGAAAGAUGGGGAUCAGGUGUGACUCGCUCCAUGAAGGACAAAGUGACCAAGCCCACCGCCAUGGCCCAGGGUCGCGUUGCUCACAUGAUCGAGUGGCAGAGCUGGGGCAAACCAUCUGCGGGGCCGCUGGGAGGUGCGGGGCGUACCAACCUGCAGAGGGAAAAGGAGAGGAGGAUGGAGAACGAUGCUUACAGCGACCUUAGUGAUGGCGAGAAGGAGGCUCGCUUUGCUGCAGGCAUCAUGCAGCAGUUUGCCAUCUCUGAGGCCACUCUGUUUGGCUGGAACUCGAUGGACGGGGAGAGUAUGGGAGCCGGCUCCAACCAGGGCAGCGUCGCUCACCUUAGUGAGGUCAACCAGGAGAGCAUCACCAGCAGAGACCAGGUGCUCCACCACUCCUCUGCGGAUGUCUGGCCUCACACCUACGUCUCACAGGGGCUGUACUGCCUGUCGUCCUCUGACGCCUGGGACCCGAUCACCAGCCAGCCCUCGGGCGUGGCCUCACCUGCUGCAGGCUCCUACAUCAUGGCUGCCGGUGGCAGCAAUGGAGCGGGAGGCACACCUGGUGAGGGGUAUGAGGGGACGGUGGGUGGUUACCUUCAGCAGCACCAGGCUCAACUCACCCUGCAGCAGCAGAGCCAACUGCAACAGCUCCAUCAGCUUCACCACUACCAGCAGCAGCUUCUGCAGUACCAACAACAGCAGCCGAUGGAGCACAGGCUACACAGUGCCUCCCAUUCCCUCCAAGCCACUCCCAACAGCACCAUCCACAGCCUCGGUCCUCCCACCCACCCCCGGCUAAGUGACCUGUGGGGAGCUGCGCAGGUCGAGGCGCACCAGGUGGAUAUCGCUGGGCAGCUGAGUGUACAGAUGGCUGAAAUGGUCGGAGGAGUGGUGGAGACCGUCGGUGAGGAGCCAGAACCCGAAUCUGAAGGCAUCCCUGAACAGCAUGAAGAGGAAGAAGAGGAGCUGACGAAGGUAGAAGAGGUAACAUUAACCUUAGAGCCGGAGCCGUGCUCUUUGACCCCGUCCCCGCUGAGGGAGGAGGCCCCCUCGACCAGAGGUUCAAGCCCAGGACUGCCAGCACAGACGGCCGAACCCGUCGCGGAGAGGAUACCGUUUGACGUCACGCCCUGCGUCGUCCAAUCGCUGGAGGAGAAGGACGAAGAAGCGGAGGAGGGCUCCAUCGUUGUUGUUGCGACCAACUGAAUCAUAUGGUCACAAACAGACUGACAAAAACAGGAAAUAAAUACUCCAAUAAUCAAUCAAGAUAUUAUCCCAACCCCUUCCCCUUCCCAACUAUUUACCCACUUUGAGUCGGAGGAAAGAGGAGAAGACUUUUCCAGGUGGAAACGCUGGAUGUAAUGAACACAAACUAUACGCCAAGAAGCUCCAUAAGUUACCACGGGAAAGGUGGAAUAUUACGUUUGUGACAACGAACAAAUAAAAUCUGAAUCAAAUGACAGACUUGAAUUCAGUGACUGCUGAAACAAGCUGUGUGAGGAUUAACCAAUAAGUUUGGACCAAGGGAAUCAAAGAACCAGGACUGGAAGCUGAACAGUGGGCAAACAUGGAUGUGAAAUUCUCAAAAAAAAAAAAAAAAAGAAAGAAAAAACAGGACAAGAAGAAGAAAGUCGUCUCAGCAAUUCAGUGCAAUACAACAAACAUGGACCAGACUUGGGUUAAACAGUAUUUGCAACUAACUCUGAGUGCACUAGAAGUACAUAUAAGAAAAAACAGAAAAUGUACCUGGUCUGGGAUCUGUCUGAUGUGCUGACUGUGUGUGGGUUUGAUUGACAGUUUUCCUGAGGCCUGUGUGAGCUGUUCUGACCUGAUACACUGAGCGUGCGGCACGCUCUUAGAGUUAUGUGCAAACACAUGACCUGGACACAACCAAAAGAAAGUGCAUGCUUUUUAACAGUGACCUAGACCCUGAC